CAGUGCUUUGACGUAUUUGCCAAUUUGAGUGAAGUAGCUGGUGCUAAAAUGGUGGAAUGACUAAAGUAAAUUAAAAUUAUUGUUUUUCCGCGUUUCUCUCCGAGUCAUCAGUGCGGAUUUCCGAUAUUGAUAAAAUCGAAACAAUCGCCCAAUUCCAGUGAACAGGCUUCGCAAAUGGCAACCACCUAAUGAAAGACAUCCACUUCCGAUUAUCAUUUGGAGUCCAUUAUUUAGUACUUUGCAGAUAAGAUUUAAGGAACAUACUGGAGUGUGUGAUUAAGUGAAAUUCAAUCGGCAAUAAUUAGCAUGUAACGUUCGUCAGGGCCGCGUUAGUCUGUAGAAUGCAGCUUCUGGGUAAACCCAUCGAGUAGCUCAUUGGUACAAAGCACAGUUUCUAGUUUAAAGUUUCGCUGCAAUGGAGCAACUUCUUAUUCCGCCAGCCAACUCAGGGGCGGGCCUUCAUCAGAUCAGCGUUACAGUGGAUUCUGCUCACAUCCAAUCAUCAUCCUUGCUGAAACCGAGCCCCUAUGUGGAGAUAACGGUUGAUGAUGAACAGUCGCGCAAAACCGAAACGUUCAAAAAUACCACCCAACCGAAAUGGAACGAAACAUUCAAUCUGCUUGUCAACAUCCACUCCAAAGUGCAUUUCGCUGUUCUAGACAAAAACAACUUUCGCAAAGACACCGUAGUGGGAGAAAAGACGGUGGAUUUGCAACAUUUGCUGCUUCAUUCAGAGGGCCGGGACCGUUUAGACGUAACAUUGGACCUAAUGAACAACAAGCAAUCGGACUCUCCGGUAAAAGUGGGCGAGUUGAUGUGCUUAUUCACGGGAAUGCACAUCGAGCUGCCGUCGGCCAAUAGCAGAAAGCGGGAAGUCCUGGCAAAGCGCUCCAGCUCCAAUUCCAUAACAACAGCUCAAGCAAACUCUGAGGCUCACUCCCACACGGUACUUAAUGGGAUUCGGAUCAAGCCCAAACCGCAGGACAUUGAAAACGCCGCCCCAACAACGUCGAACUGUUCGGAACGGCCGAGUCGACCCACUCGGCCCCCACCCGCACCCCCAACACCACAAACGCCCCCAAUAGCCCCAGCCAGCCCUUUACAGGGCUCACCUAGCAGCAAUAACAUCGCAAACGGAAAUAUUGGACCGCCCGCUUCCGUGCCUUUGGAGUCCCUCGCUCAACAGGACGAGCAAAGGCCGGAGGAGCCUUUGCCACCUGGUUGGGAAAUGAGGUUCGAUACAUACGGCAGACGAUACUAUGUGGAUCACACUACAAGGUCGACGUCCUGGGAGAGGCCGCAACCAUUGCCCCAAGGGUGGGAAUUGAGGCGAGAUCCCCGUGGGAGAGUUUAUUAUGUCGACCAUAACACCAGGACGACGACGUGGCAACGCCCCAACCUGGAGAGGCUGCAGCAUUUCCAGCAGUGGCAGGGCCAGAGGCAGAACGUGGUUCAACAAGGCAACCAGCGCUUCCUAUACCCGCAAUAUCAGGCCGGCCCUGCGCCCGGGCCUUCCGCAGCCUCAACAGCUGUUGAGGAGGACGACGGCCUGGGGCCUUUGCCGUCUGGAUGGGAGAGGCGAGUGCAGCCGGAAGGGCGCGUCUACUUCGUCAAUCACAAGAAUCGAACUACCCAAUGGGAGGACCCACGGACGCAAGGCCAGGAAAUUGGGGAGAUCGACGAACUGCCACUACCACCUGGUUGGGAAAUUCGCUACACUGAUGACACCAAGAGAUACUUUGUGGAUCACAACUCCAAGAGCACAACCUUUGAUGAUCCGAGACCAGGAGCGCCGAAAGGCCCCAAAGGGGCUUACGGAGUCCCCCGAGCUUAUGAGCGCUCGUUCAAGUGGAAAAUUAGUCAGUUCAGGUUUUUGUGCCAAAGCAACGCGCUACCCAGUCACAUCAAAAUUCAAGUGUCCCGACAGACGCUCUUUGAAGAUUCGUUCCAUACGAUAAUGAGACUGCCCGCCUACGAACUGAGGCGACGACUCUACAUCAUGUUCAAAGGAGAGGAGGGUUUGGAUUAUGGAGGCGUUAGCAGGGAAUGGUUCUUCUUGGUGUCGCACGAGGCGCUCAACCCCAUGUAUUGUCUGUUCGAGUACGCGAACAAAAACAACUACAGUUUGCAGAUCAAUCCGGCUUCAUACGUGAACCCUGAGCACUUGACGUACUUCAAGUUCAUCGGACGCUUUAUAGCCAUGGCUCUGUACCACGGCCGGUUUAUCUACUCAGGCUUCACUAUGCCCUUUUACAAGCGAAUGCUCGGGAAGAAACUGAUCAUGAAAGACAUCGAGAGCAUCGAUCCGGAGUUCUACAACUCCCUGGUCUGGAUCAAGGAGAACAACAUUGACGAGUUUGGGCUCGAGUUGUACUUUAGCGUGGACUUUGAGGUGUUGGGGCAAGUGGUGCAUCAUGAACUGCAGAAAAACGGGGACGCGGAACGCGUCACCGAAGAGAACAAGGAGGAGUAUUUGACCUUAAUGACCAACUGGCGUAUGACCAGAGGCAUUGAGCAACAAACGCAGGCUUUUCUCGACGGGUUCAACGAAGUGGUGCCCAUCGAAUGGCUGAAAUACUUCGACGAGAGGGAGCUGGAACUUUUGCUUUGCGGUAUGCAGGAAAUCGACGUGGAAGAUUGGCAAAGACACACGAUUUACCGGCACUACACCAGAAACAGCAAACCAGUCACGUGGUUUUGGCAAUUCGUCAAGCAGUCCGACAAUGAAAAACGAGCAAGACUUCUUCAGUUUGUGACGGGAACGUGCCGUGUUCCGGUUGGAGGAUUUGCCGAAUUGAUGGGCUCCAACGGCCCACAACGGUUUUGCAUUGAAAAAGUGGGCAAAGACUCGUGGUUGCCCCGAUCGCACACUUGCUUUAACAGGUUAGACUUGCCACCGUACAAAAGCUACGACCAAUUAGUAGAAAAGCUCACCUACGCUAUCGAGGAAACCGAUACAUUCGGCCAAGAGUAAAAAAUGGGUUGGCGCUUAUGUUCUGUACCUGAAUAUUAACUAAAAAAAUGCUUGCUGACACACUUAAUUUUGGAUUUGAUAAAUAGUGGGAGUCAACGUGGCCUCAGAUUCGAUUUGUCGCUUUAGGACUACGUCCUAAUUUUAAGCUUUGAGAGCAGCCUUUUUAGGCAAAUUCAGGUAUUUGCAAACUAAUCUCUUUAAAUCUGGUGAAAUUGCUUGUAAAUAUUUGAAAAUUUGGCAGUCUACAGGAAUUAAAUGUAUUGUAUUAUAUAAAUAUUAUUAUUGUUCGUCGAUGUUAACAGUAAAUUAUAUUCACAUUCCAAACCUAUAUUUACAAGGCCUAUAUUAAAACCAAAGUUGUCAACCUGGUAGAUUGAAAAAUUUGUUUUAUAAAUAAACUAUUAUCACUAGAUGUGUGUAGAAAUGUAAAUAGUGACUCUAGAAGUAUUAUAUAUGUAAAUAUAAGCUCUGUAAAUAAAAAUUAAAUAAUA